AUGAUAAACUUUACACAGGUUUCAUAUUUCAUUCUCGCUGCUUACUUUGACAAUGGAACUUUGAAAUACUUCUAUUUUAUGAUUGUCAUGUGUUUAUAUAUUGUUAUUGUCAGUGCCAACCUUCUGCUCAUCGUGGUUAUCUGUAUGAACAGGAGCUUACAUGAACCUAUGUACAUGUUCCUGUGCAGUCUGUUUGUAAAUGAACUGUAUGGUAGUUCAGGGUUGUUUCCGUUCCUUCUGACUCAGAUUCUCUCUGACAUUCACACUGUUCCUGCUUCUCUUUGUUUCCUGCAGAUUUACUGCAUUCACACUUAUGGAGCUGUUGAAUAUUUAAACUUGGCCAUCAUGUCUUAUGACAGAUAUCUUGCUAUCUGUUGUCCUCUUCAAUAUAACACACGUAUGACAUCUAACAAGAUUGCCAUGCUUAUUGCUUUAACAUGGUUAUAUCCUUUGCUUGCAUGCAUUGUGAUAAUAUAUUUGAAUUCCCAUUCACAGCUGUGUGGUAACAUCAUUCUUAAAGUUUACUGUGAUAGCCAUUCUGUUGUCAAGCUGGCGUGUUCAGAUGCCCAUGUGGUUAAUAUAUAUGGACUACUUGCAUCUUUUGGCACAAUCUUUGGGGCUUUAAUUUUUAUUACUUACACAUACAUUAAGAUUCUUCUAGUUUGUUUCUCUGGUUCAAAACAGACAAGACAGAAAGCUGUCAGUACCUGCACACCUCAUCUUGCAUCCCUCUUUAACUUUUCUAUUGGGGCUAGCUUUGAGUUAUUACAGAGCAGGUUUGACAUGAAAAGUUUACCAAAUAUGUUGCGAAUUUUUCUAUCACUAUAUUUUCUUACAUGCCAGCCACUUUUUAAUCCUAUAAUGUAUGGCCUGAAAAUGUCCAAAAUCCGUGUCAUGAGUAAAAAUCUCAUGUCAAACGUCAGCUAA